AUGGCUCGCUACUCCCAGGACUAUGAUGUGGUCGUGCAGGGUCAGUCGGCUGAGAAGGUGGCUUCAGAAAUUGCUGCUCACCUUACAGCCAAGGGGUUUUGCACCGUCGACCCACGACUCGACGACGAUCUGCUUCGGCAGGGGCGUGAGGACAUUAGCCAAGCAGAUGCCCAAGGUGCGCUAAAGCAGCCGCCAGCAAUGGUGCACGAUGGCUUGCUGGGCGAGGAAGGCUCUUCCUUGAUUCUGGACCUUUUCCAGGAGGGCUUGAUUUCAUCCAAAUCCAGAGAGUUCAGACACUUGAUGGCGCUGGAUGAGUCGAUGUCAGAGCUCGUGAAUGUCCUGCAGCUGUCGAUGGGCCAACUGAGCUUCGGCUCCCUCAGCAAGACCCAUGGCUUGGUGCAUGAGACGGGCCUCGCGCCCGAGCAUGCGCCGGACCCCACGGAGCAUGAAGCCAGUUAUUGGCUAGGAACCCUCGCGCAGAAGAAGAUCAUGAUCCUCCUUUGUUUAGGCCCCGUACGUGGCACCCUGGAGCUUCAGCCUUAUGAUGAGGACACCGAGGCCUACGAAGUGCCUACCAUCCCAGGAAGCUUCAUUAUCCUCCGGGCAGACGCCAUGUGGCACCGGCACUGUGCUCACUCCAAAGCACACAUACUUAGCUGUUUUCUGGUUGGUCACGAGGGCGGCCGAAAGGGGGCACCCAACUGGGUACCACCAUGUGCCAAGAGCCUCGAGCAGUGGACUGUGGAACGGAUGAAGAUCCUGAAAGAGAACCAGGCCAAGACACAGGAGCGCUUAGAUUUGCCCGCCGGUUGGAUCACGGCCAUGAAUCACAUGUUCCACACCGCCCAGCGGGUGGCGGUACGCUCGGUGGCGGCGCGCUAUGCAGGCUCGUGGCAGGUGCAGAGUUGGUACAUGUCCCAGCCUUCAGGGCCCGACUUAGUGACGGAAGUGCCUUUGACACGAUGGGACGUGGACACCUAUUUCGAUGCCGAGGACGAGAGCGAGUGGCGACGCGGGAAGAGCAUGGCUCGCCAUGGGAGCUUCGUGGAGGGCACCGAAUAUUUCGACAACAAGUUCUUCGGCCUCUCGCCCCUGGAAGCCAAGGGCAUGGAUCCUCACCAGAGAGUCGUUUUGGAAGUGGGGUACGAAGCUUGCCAUUAUGCUGGCUACAGCAAGGGGAAGCUGAUGAACAAGAUCGGUGGAGUUUACCUUGGUAGCAGCUCGACAGUCUUUGGCAUGGUUUCAGAAGUGAGUGGAGCAACUGGCGGUGCCGCCAGUAUCAACUCCAACCGUUUCAGCUUUUGUUUGGGUCUGAAGGGCCCGAGCAUGACCUGCGACACCGACGGCUCCUCCUCGCUCACCGCGGUGCACCUGGGGGGCGAAGCGGUGCUCACCAAGGGCCACGGCGUGAGCAACGAGUUCUCGUUGGCGGGUGGGGUGGCGUUCCAACUGGGUCCGGUCUACCUUCCUCAGAUGCAAGCAGCCGGCCUCUUAGGAGGUCUCGGCCGAUGCUUCACUUGGGAUGUCAGUGCACAGGGCUACACGCUGGGUGAUGGCUGUGGCUUCAUUGUGCAGAAGCGGAUGGCAGACUGGGUGGAUGGGCGACAGGUCCUCAUUGAGGGUGAACCUUUGGUGGCCAGCAUUUGCGGAAGCUCCUGUGCAACCAUUGGCAUGGGCGCGGCCAUGAACGCCCCACAUGGACCUUCAGAACAGGAGCUAGUCGCCCAGACCCUGAAAACAGCAAUGCUGGAUCCUUUGAACAUCGAUGCCGUGGAGUGCAACGGGCAAGGAUCUUUGCUCAGAGACGCCGUGGAGGCGGACUCCUUGCUCCGCGUGCUGCGGAAUGAUCUCAUCGAGGCGCCAUUGCCGUUGACUGCCGUGAAGAGCCGCAUGGGCUAUGCCACUGAAUGUGCUGGCAUCGCAUCCUUGCACCGCCUGCUGCUUUCCGGGGUUUACGGCGUUCUGUCGCCGAACAACCAUUUACAUCAGCUGAACCCGCACCUGAGCUUUGACAACCGGGGUGCUUUGCUGACUGAGCCGCUGGAGACCGCCAUGGCGAGUAGCUACAUGGGGGUUCAGUCGCAUGGAUUUGGUGGCACACAGGUCCACGUAAUUGCCUAUGGCAUGUUGGAACAGAGCAGGACAGCCCCACCUCCAGUGGCAGUGGAACAAAAGCAGAACGUCUUCAAUUUCUGGCCGGGUGGUGGCGGUGAGCUAGAAGAGGAUCAGCAGCCUUCAAGAGGCUACUUCAUUGCUGGUACCUGGACCAAGUGGAGAGCCAUCAAGAUGGAGAACGAAGGCGGUGACAACUUCGGCUACACCAUGACCUUGGGAGAGAACCGUUGGGAAGAGUUCCAAAUCUAUUUGGACGGUCUCUUGGCGGCGGUGAGCAAGGCAUUGCGUGCUGACGGACGUGUUUUCUUGGCUCCUGACCCGCAUGACCGCAUGACUAAGGCUCGUGGUCUCAACUGGAGGAUCGAAGGUCGUGGCCAGUGGAUGGAUUUGCCCAGUGAGGCCGCAGCGUUCUCCUUGGGCAAUGCUCAGAAGACCUCCAAGGCCAUCCAGGGGAAGUUACUUCUUGAGAUCUUGCAACGUGUUCCGUUUGCACUCUACAGGCACGCGAUCCCCUCGGCGGAGUCGCAACCCUUGGAGUUCGGCUCGGGCGACGUGGGCGUCCCCGGUGACAAGUACCGCAUCCGUUUGCGCAUCGCCGGACGAUACCGAGCCUUGGGUGGACUGGACGGGUGCGAGCGGUUUCGAGUGGUGGCUGGAGAGCUGGGACCAUUUGGGUUUGGGGAAGAUGACGUGGCACAGUUGGAGUACGCUUUUUCGCAGCGGCUCAAAGGCGUGAGUUUUCCAUCCUCCGAGGUGGUUGAGAUCCCUAAGCUGAGCGAGGAUGAUCGGGCGAUGAAGGGACGAGAACACCAGUUUGCGGUGGAUUGCCGCGAGCUCCUGGACUCCCAGAAAACCACCUUCACCAUCCGGGGCACCACCGACCACGAGGACCGCACGGCGCUCUACGAGGUGAAGAUGGCGCCGGGCGGCAUGCUGGAAAUGGGCAAGGCGAAGCAAGCCCCAGAGCUCUUCCUGCGCGCCAGCAGCGGAGAGAAGCGCCUGGUGACGUUGAUGGAUGGAAGGGGCUCUUACUUUGGGAAAUUGGUGCCCAAAGGCCGGGCGGUGGUGCUCUAUUACAUGCAGCAGCCUUGUGCAUGCAUCAUACCGCGCGAUACCUCAAGCCUGAGCAUGCAAGUGUAUCCCUUGCUGGACGGCAUCCAGAACAUGUUAGUGGCCUCCAGCAUCCGAAAGGGAAACGUCUUGAGAAUCCAGGUCUCAGCGAACUUCGACGGAUGUCUUUUCCUUGGUUGCCUGUUGGGCAUCAUUCUGCUAGAGCCAAGCUUCAUGCAGCUGGCAGGCUAA